AUCUGGGAGAUCAGCCGAUUUAUAUCCCAACCAACGUCAGAUGGGGGAAGAACGAGGGUCCCAGAUCUCACGGUAAAGGCAGCAGGACAACACCCGAAGAGGAUACGAGAUAACAAGGAGAAGGGAAGCAUCUUUCAAGCAGCCUUCUUCCCACCCAAGCCUACAACGUCGGCAGUGCCAAGCAACAUUCAAUACCCCCCACCAGCAUGGGAAUUCCAGCUCAUCACAGACGGGCAGAUAGAACGAGCCUUCCGCCAUAUGAAACCGCUCAAGGCGACAAAAUCUGGAACAGUACCUAACUGCGUACUAAACCAUUGCGCUGACCUACUCGCUCCACAUAUAGGACCAGUAUAUCGAGCAACAUUCACAUUGGAGGAAUACCCAGACAUGUUCAGCGAAACAAACACGAUCAUCUUGCGCAAACCGGGAAAACCAGACUACGAGGACCCCAAUGCGUAUAGGCCCAUCAUACUAUCGAAUGGGUGGGGGCGAGGUCUUCACGCAACGAUGAACCAGGACCUUGUAGGAUGGUGUGAAUAUAAGGGCAUCCUACCUGACCGACACUUUGGA